AUGACAGAAGUUGCAGAAGCGCAAAAUCUGGAGCAGGUACCAGAAUCAGACGGGGAAAUCAGGCUGGCGCAUAUCAAUUGUUUCUGUACCGCAGCCUUGUCCAUAGUCAUGAAUAUGGCAGUGCUGUUCGUAGCAAGAAAACCUAGCGACAGUCUCAGACUUAUGUCCAAUGCUCCAAUGAUGACUUACACUUCUUGUACGGCCAUCGCAUUCUCAGUCACUCAUGCGCUGUCGUGUCCGAUGGUGCAUAUACAUGCAAGGGAACUGCUUAUUAUUAGCAAUGGAAUACUUCAACAUCAAGAUCUUGGCCGUGUUGCUCUCUGUAUCUUCGUGUUUUUCGUUUUAUACUCUGCACUCAUAUCUGCCUUUUUACUUGGAGUAAAAUGCCUUAUGUUGUGUCGGUACGUUUGA